AUGUCUGAACGAAAGGUUCUCACCAAAUAUUACCCUCCGGAGUUUGAUCCGUCCAAGAUCGCUCGAACUCCCAAACACCUACGGCCAACAGGGCCCAAGACCAUCCCCGUCCGCCUUAUGGCGCCGUUCAGCAUGAAAUGCACAUCCUGUGGCGAAUACAUCUACAAAGGUCGCAAAUUCAACGCCCGGAAGGAGACCACUGACGAGAAAUACUUGACUAUCUCCAUCUACCGCUUCUACAUCCGCUGCACCAGAUGUUCCUCCGAGAUCACCUUCAAGACCGACCCGAAGAACAUGGACUAUACCUGCGAACGAGGCGCAAAACGAAACUUUGAGUCAUGGCGAAACCCUGAAAAUCCAGAGCUGAAAGAGACCGAUGAAGAGCGCCUGGACAGACUGGAAAGAGAGGACGCCGAGGAGGAGGAAAAUGCAGAACGCAACGCCAUGGAGGAGCUGGAACAGAAGAUGGAGGAGAGCAAACGAGAGAUGCAAGUCGCAGACGCCCUCGACGAAAUCAUGCAACGGAAUGCGCGAAUAGAACGCGGAGAGAAGGGUGGCAAGGAGGACGAGGCUCUCAAUCAAGUGAGAGACUUCCAACGAGAGGAGAGAGAACGACAAGAACGAGAGGACGCCGAAGCUGCGCGCAAGGCGUUCGAAGCUGCCAACGUCGAAAAGGCGAGGCUCGAGGAACAGGAACGGGCAAACAGGAAAAGUAGUCAUCUUGCGAGGGACGAGCCAGACGAACCACACCGGCUUUCGCAGCCGCCUCCGUCAUUCGAGAGGAUUAAAAAGAUAAAGAAACCUCUGGUGCCGGGUUUAGUGCACAGGACCGAGCCUACCACGACGUCGAAACAACAGCCGGCUCCAGUUCCUGCAAAGCCGCUUACCCUCGGUCUAGGUGACUACGAUUCUGACGAGGAUUGA